AUGAUGGGGAAGUUGGCUGAGUCAGCUCACCGAAAUAGAUAUCCAUAUACUGUGAGCGGCGAUAUGGGUGUGAUGUCUAAUGGAAAAUUCUCUGCAGCAUAUCCGUGGGGAUGCAAGUUGAGAGCAGAUGAGAGAAAGAUGAAAAGGAUUUUUGAAGAGAGGGCAAAAGAUGAGAGACCUAACAGGAAUGCAAAUGAGGGGAGUGGGAGAAACAAAAAUGUACAGGAGCCUGCUGGAAAUGCAGUGAGGGACAACAACAAGAAUCGAGGAGUGAACUUGCUAGGAAUUGGCAAACUUUUGGGGUCUGUGACUAUUGCCAGGGGAGGAUUGUUUCCCCAUAACCACCAGACCCUUAUGCCUAUAAGGUUGGCAAAGGGAAGGGCUGACAUUGGAUUUACUUCUCAGGAGUUGUAA